AUGAAGCGAGGACGAGUAAACAUUUCAUCAAAAUGCCAGGGAUUUGCUCCCUCUGAGAAUCAAGGAAGACUCAAAAGACACAAGAGUGGGAAUCCUAGUUUUGUCCAAGGAGAUUCCACUCUCCCGCAGAAACCUGUGGAGGACUGGGGGAACCUGCCUCAUCAUGUUGUCCUUCACAUCUUCCAGUAUCUGUCUCUCGUUGAUCGGGCUCGGGCCUCGUCCGUUUGUCGGAGGUGGAAUGAUGUCUUUCACAUCCCAGAUCUGUGGAGAAGAUUUGAGUUUGAGCUAAACCAACCAGCCACAUCUUACUUGAGGUCCACUCAUCCUGACCUCAUCCAACAGAUCAUUAAGAAACACGCUCAGCAUCUGCAGUAUGUCAGCUUCAAGGUUGACAGCUGUACUGAAUCAGCCGAAGCAGCAUGCAACAUUCUCUCCCAGUUGGUGAACUGCACCAUUAAGACUCUGGGAUUGAUUUCCACAGCACGGCCCAGCUUCAUGGACGUGUCUCAGUCACACUUUGUGUCAGCAUUGACAGUGGUGUUUGUCAACUCCAAGUCCCUGUCCUCUAUAAAAAUUGAUGACACGCCAGUUGACGACCCUUCCCUUAAGGUGCUUGUGGCAAACAACAGCGACACUCUGAAGUUACUGAAAAUGAGCAGCUGUCCCCAUGUCUCACCGGCAGGUAUCCUCUGCGUGGCUGAUCAGUGUCAUGGACUGAGGGAGCUGGCAUUAAAUUACCACCUGCUGAGUGAUGAACUGCUCCUGGCUCUCUCCUCAGAGAAACACGUGCACCUGGAGCACCUGAGAAUUGACGUGGUGAGCGAGAACCCCGGGCAGACGCAGUUCCACACCAUUAAGAAGAGCAGCUGGGAUGCCCUGAUUCGUCACUCGCCGAAGGUCAACAUCGUCAUGUACUUCUUCCUGUAUGAGGAAGAAUUCGAACCUUUCUUUCGCGAGGAGACACCUGUCACUCACCUCUACUUUGGACGGGCUGUCAGUAAAGACAUGCUGGGUCGCAUUGGCCUGAACUGCCCGCGUCUGGUGGAGUUGGUGGUGUGCGCUAACGGGUUGGAGCCGUUGGAUGAGGAGCUAAUCCGCAUCGCGGAGCGCUGUAAGAGCCUGACGGCCAUCGGCCUGGGAGAGUGCGAGGUGACCUGCAGCGGCUUCAUGGAGUUUGUGAAGAUGUGCGGUGGUCGUCUCAACCAGCUGUCUAUCAUGGAGGAGGUACUAAUUCCCGACAACAGGUACAACAUGGAGCAAAUCCACAGCGAGGUGUCUAAGCACCUGGGCCGCAUUUGGUUCCCUGAUAUGAUGCCCACCUGGUAG